CUCUAACACUUGACCUUGCCUUCGUCCUGCAGCUGCUGUAUAUGUGGGUAUAUUUACAUUGAUACUGUGUAAUUUUCAUGACAACGCACCGUGGUCCAAAUUAAAGUUAGCUGCGCGUUGCCUGCUUGUGAUUGAUAAUAAAUAUGGAUGAGAUUAUCCCAGGUCUAUGGCUUGGACCUAUGCCAUUUGCAGAAAAUAUUUCAGUCUUAAAAAGAAAUGGAAUAAUGUCAAUUUUAACAUUAGAUAUCCUGCCAUUAGACUGCAAUGUAUUCAAAGGAUUUAACAUGAAGUUCUUAUAUCUGCGUGACGAGCCAUCCCAGGAUUUGCUGGAAAUUCUUGAAGAUGCUUUAAGUUUUAUUGAUGAAAGUAUAAAAAAUAACUCAAAUAUUUUGGUUCACUGUGCUAUGGGUGUAUCUCGCAGCGCCAGUGUUGUAAUCGCCUACCUGAUGCGUCGAAAUCAUUUAUCCUAUGAAGAGGCUUAUAAUAUUGUUUCAAGGAAACGGAGUAUUUUUCCCAAUAAUGGAUUUAUUAAUCAGUUAAAGUUGUUUCAUACUAUGAAGUGGACGGUCAACCGUGAUUCUCCAUUAUUUCAACAAUAUAUGACGAAAAGAACCUUCUCAGUUUUUACGGAUUAUAAUGGUGAUCUUUUAGAAAGUCAAACAGUCUAUCAGUUGCACAACACACCUUCAAGUUUUAGAUGUAAAAAAUGCAGACAAGUGUUAUUCAAUUCGAAUCAGUUACGCAUUCAUCAAAAACCGGAGACAACACCUAAUCCUCUUAUAAAUUCUACAAAAUUCAAGAACACUGAUAACGUAUCUAGUGUCCUAAUCAAAGGUGUUUCAUUAAAUAACUCUCCUUUACAAUGUGAUAAAAAUGAAUUGUUCUGUGACCCAUUGGAAUGGACAUUGCACAGUACUAGUGAUGUUCAAGGAAAGCUUUAUUGUCCUGGAUGCAACGCUAAAGUUGGCUCUUUCAAUUGGUGUGGCGAACCAUGUGUAUGUGGCACAUGGGUAGUUCCAGCAUUUCAUUUCAAUCGUAAUCACAUUGAUCGUGUACCAAUACGUUCGAGAAAUGUGAUUACUAUUCCAUCGAAGCCUGUAGAAGACAGCAAUUCCUUCGUUACGAAUGCCGAUAUGAAUCAAUCAUAAUCUUAUCCACUGUAUGUUACCUCUAUCCUAUAUUGUUCUGUCUUCUUUGUAAUAUAUGAGCGCGCAUUUACAUCAAACUGAUAGUUUUCUCAAGUUUCCUACUCUUUCCUCAAAUACAAUUUAAGUCAACUUAAAAUCUUCAAGAGAUUUAUUUCUUAUGAUUUAUUUGAUUACUAUGUAUAUUUCCCACUUUGUUUUAGAAUAGUUGGAUCCAUUCGUUUUAUCAAUAAAACUACAUUCUGUUUC